CCGCCAAGAUGGCGGCGUGGCGAUGGCUGUCGCCGUUGCUGAGGGGAUCCGCCGCUUCUUUCAGCGCCGGGAGGAGCAGCGUGAGCCGGACGCGGCUAAGCCCCGGGGUCUGGCUGGGGCUGGGAGUGGCCGGAGUCGGGGGCCUGGCCUUUUACGGCGGGGGACGGCGGCGGCGGCAAUGGUGGAGCGGCCGCAGCUUCAGCGUGUACGCGGCCGUGCAGCAGGACCCAAGUCCGCAUAAAGAAGAAACCAGAGAACUUUAUGGAUUCGCCGGAAGUCGCAAACAACGUUUCAAACAAUUUGCCUCAAUGGAAUACGAAGGGGAAUUAUAUAUGACUCCGAGAGAUUUUAUGUUCUCUGUGGUUAUGGAAGCCAAGGAUGAUGAUGAAACACAACUUGCAGGUAAGCUGAAUACAAGGAAAUUAACAAAGCAGGAUGUUGAUACACUGAUGACAAGAGCUACAAAAGAGAAACAAACCCAUCAUCUUUUCAGAGACCUUGGUGAUGAAGGUUUGAUAUCGUACACUGAAUACUUAUUCUUGCUGGGUAUUCUAAUGAAACCUCGCACUGGAUUCCAAUUUGCCUUCAGUAUGCUGGACAUUGACGACAACCAGCAAGUUGAAAAAAAAGAAUUUCUAAUGCUGCAGAGCAUCAUUGGACGGAAGAAGGAGUGCAAACAAGGAGCACACGCUUCACCUGAAGUUAACAAAGAAAUGAACACAACAUUGUUGGUGCACUUCUUCGGGAAAGAAGGAGAUCUUAAGCUCCAGUACAAAGAAUUUUAUAGAUUUAUGGAAGAUCUACAAAAAGAAGUGCAAGAAAUUGAAUUUACAGAGUUCUCUCGAGGCAUGAAAACAAUGAGAAGAGAGGAAUUUGCAUUGUGGCUGCUCCAUUUCACUGAAGAACAAAAUCGUGAUAUUUACUGGAGAAAUGUGCAGAUGAGAAUCCCUCCAGGACAGAGCAUUUCCUUUGAAGAAUUCAGGGCAUUUUACCAUUUUAUGAAUAAUCUUGAGGACUUUGCUUUCACCAUGAAUAUGUUCACUGCAGCCAAUCGUCCUGUUGGAAUAGGACAAUUCAAGAGAGCUGUGAAAGUUGCAACAGGCCAAGAACUGUCAGAUAAUGUGCUUGAUACGGUCUUCAAGAUCUUUGAUGUAGAUGGAGAUGGAUGUUUGAGCAAACAAGAGUUCCUUGCAGUGAUUAUGACCAGACUCCGUCGUGGCUUUAAGGCACCAACACAACAUGGUUUGAAGGGCUAUUUUAAAUGCGUAAAGAAAGAAACUAUUGCUGGAGUACAUGAAGCCUGGAAGCAGUCAUAGGACAGUCCUUGAUAAUUCUACUGAAUGCAAAACCUUUCUACAGAAGAAAAUCCACUAUAAAAAGUGGAUUUUCGCAACAAACCAUGAAUGCAAUGCAGUUUAUAUAAAAGUUGACCUGUUUAAAUAGUUACAUUGAUUAUUUUUAGUUAAUUACAUUGAGGGAUAAUAUUUGUAUGUUUACAAGAAAUAUUCCAAAAUAUUUAAUGAAUGCAAAGCACAAGCAUCCAGGAAUUUCAGUGAAUAUCUUUAUCAAUUUAUUUACACAAACAUUACAAUGAAUCUCAAAUUAUUUUCAAAUAUGCAUGAAUUUUUUUAAACUAUUUGUCUCGUGAAACAUCUUCAAGUGAUUUGUGUAGAUGGUUCAUUUACUGUGGUGAUCUCCAUUAUUCUUCAACUCUAGAUUUUCAGGGUGAAUUAAAGGGUUUUUACAUUGUAUUAUUUAAAUGUUUAAAUAAUGAAAUUUAGAAAUGUACCUGGAAACUUUAAUCUAUGCCAUUUCUUUUGCACUAAUAAAGUUUGGCUUUGCGAA